GCACACGCACUCGCGGGAAGCGAUCGCGUUUGAAAAUCGAAUGUUUUUCGCGCGAACUAUCAUUGGCCAGUGAUUUUUCGUUUUGAAUUUGGAACUUUUUGGAUGAGGUGAAGUGUUGAAAAGUAGCAAAAUGUCGGCGACAGCAACACGACAUGUAAAGUCGUCAAAUUCGGCGAACAUACUUAUGUGCAAACAAUGGUGGAAAGUGUGCUGGAUGUACGGCGAUCAAGAGAAAUAUUACAGACAGUUAUAUGGCAAAAGAAAACUCAAUAAUUUAAAUAGCAGCUUUUUAAAUUUUGAUGACACGGAUACCAAAAGGCCCGGCGCGCAAAUAACAGAGCUCACUGAUGAUUUCUUUGAAGAUAAUUGUUCUCAAAUUGAGCCAGCACCAGACGAAGUAGAUGCACCAAAAGAUGCACCUUUUGGAAGUGUGGAGCCCGACGCUUUAUAUGGCUUCGAUUACCAAACCACGUGGCAGAAAGACCAAAGAAGACAACCCAUACAACAAAGUUACGACGAGUACAUGAACACUACAGAUCUAGACAAAAUAUUAAAUACAAAUCUCAACGCAGAUAGUAUUAAGAGUAUGUUAGAAAACGGUCUACCUCAAAGAUCUAAAAUUAUUGAUGCGAAGGAAGAAGUAGUGAGAAAUGGUAAUACUGUGGGGAAAAGUUCUAGAACAGUUUGUAGGACUAAACGGGGGGCUUUGGUGACUGAGGAAACUGAGAUAUCUACUGAUGGGAGGACGUUGGCUAACUUAAAGUUUCAAAGGUCUACGGUAAAGACUGGUCCUAAUAAAGUGAAGGAAGUGCUUCAGCCUCUGAGGGAGGACAAGGUGUUGGACGAGUGCUCGAGGAAGAAGUGCAUCGGAGACAAGCUGACCACCACCACCACCACGCUGGUGACGGUCACGCAGACCUCCGUCACGUCGUGCAAUGAGCCCGUCUGCCGCAACUGCGUGGUGUCCCCCACGGGGUCAUCACCACCACCACUACAAGAGCAAGCCUCAUCACCGCCCCCACCAGCGCCGGCAUCACCCCCCACCUCACCGCGCCUCUUACCCUCACUCCCAUCCCCACAGCCAUCACACAGCGGCUCUUCAGCUCCUAGCCAGUCAAACUCUCCCCAUCCAUACUCCUACCCAAACUUCAGACGAAGCCAACCAGUCCAGAAUCAAAGUUACCCAGAGUUUGGGCUGCUGCACAGCCACAGCGUGUCGCAACUGAGCCAGCCUGGGCAGAGUUACCAGUCGCCGCAGUCUCCGCAGUCAGCCAUGUCUCUGUCUCCUCACCCGGUGCCGCAGGGCAAGUUCCGAGGGCUGCUGGAACAUGCUGAGAGGCUGAUGAAGCCCGGAGACCCUCACCGGCACUCGCAGAGUGAUGAUGAUUCGGGAUGCGCGUUAGAGGAGUACACGUGGGUGCCGCCUGGCCUGAGGCCUGAACAGGUGCACCUGUACUUCUCGGCGCUCCCAGAAGACAAAGUGCCGUACGUGAACAGCGUGGGGGAGCGCUACCGGCUGAAGCAGCUCCUGCAGCAGCUGCCGCCCCAGGACAACGAGGUAACUACCACUCAGCACCAGUACCAGGUGCGCUACUGCCACGCGCUAUCAGACGAGGAGAGGAAGGAGCUGCGGCUGUUCAGCGCGCAGAGGAAGCGGGAGGCGCUGGGGAGGGGUCAGGCCAGGCAGCUGCACGCGCCGUCUCCCUGCGAUAGGUGCGAGGAGUCGAUGUCAGCAGGCGACAUGUGCGUGUCCGCGGCACGCGCCGGACCAUCCGCGCGGUGGCACCCCGCCUGCUUCGUGUGCUCCUCCUGCCAGGAGCUGCUGGUGGACCUGGUGUACUUCUGGAAGGAUGGACGGCUGUACUGCGGGAGGCAUCACGCUGAGACGCUCAAGCCACGGUGUUCCGCCUGUGAUGAGAUCAUCCUGGCGGACGAGUGCACGGAGGCAGAGGGUCGCGCGUGGCACAUGAAGCACUUCGCGUGCGCGGAGUGCGCGCGGCAGCUGGGCGGGCAGCGGUACAUCAUGCGCGAGGCGCGGCCCUACUGCCUGCCCUGCUUCGACACCUGCUUCGCCGAGUACUGCGACGCCUGCGGGGAGCCCAUCGGCGUCGACCAGGGCCAGAUGUCGCACGAGGGCCAGCACUGGCACGCCACCGAGCGCUGCUUCGCCUGCCACACCUGCCGCGCCAGCCUGCUCGGCAGGCCAUUCCUACCGCGGAAAGGAGCGAUAUUCUGCUCCAUAGCGUGUUCCAAAGGUGAGCCACCGACGCCGUCCGACUCCUCAGGGCCUGGACCCAGACCGCCGCGUGUACCAAAGCCGAGAAGAAUGCCAUCGCCUAAGUCGCCGCCUAGAUCUCCGCAAAGAGAACCCUCGCCACACAUGGACGCAGAUUCAGAGCCGAGUGAGUCGUUAAUACGGGAGUCUCCGCCUCCUCACCCACCCCCACCGCCGCACGCUUGCCUCAGCCUGGACAGAGCACUAGCAGACUUACGACUAGAACAGUCGAUGACGGAGCAUCAAAUACAGCCCACACCGACGUUAGACGAUCACAAAGAUGAGUCGCCUGAUGACUGGAAGCCACCGCAUCCUGUGGAAGCACAGGCAGUAGUCACCCCAGGACACUCAUCUUCGAUGCCUGAACUUACAUUAGUGGACGGCAAGUCGCCGAGGAAACCGAGAGGGGGACGGACGGUGAGGUUUUGCGGUGACGACAAUGAAGCGUUCGAGCCGGACGAGCCGCCGCGGAGAGAGAAGGUGCGUGACGAGGACGCCAGCAGCUACUGCAGCACGUGUUCUUCGUCGUCAUCGUCGGCGGAGUCGUACACGCUGCCGACACGGCGCGCGUACGGCGGCGUGCGCAUCUCGUACGUGCCCAACGACGCGCUCGCGUGCGCCAAGCGCGAGCGCGCGCGCAAGAACGCGCAACACGACAAGAACUGCAUCAUCUCGUGAUCCUGGCUGUUCGUGGUGCCUCCUCCCUCCUAGUGAACACACCUCCGAUGUAAAAGACUGACUUUUUGAUAGAUUGUUGUAGCCCCCACGCCAUAGUAUUGUUAGAUAGAUUACAAAAAGUCUUCCUUAGCUGCUUUGAAAUCUUGCCACGAGGCCUGCUGCACACGAGCGUAAGUCGCGGAUAAUGGGAGCCAGGUGCGGUGCGCGUGCGCUGAUCGUGUUGUGACGCGCAUAAUGUCGCCGGUAUCUAUAUAAAAGGCUUAAACUGGAAGGGUUUGGACAAAUUUAUGUUGGAACGAGUAAUUUGGGAUUAAUCGGUUUAAAAUGUGACGUUUUCCAUUCAUUUGUAACACCUUUGCUGGCUUUAUUUGUAAUGGAUCGUUUUGCCGCGCGAUAAUGUUAGAUUGUGAUGCGCAAACUCUGUAUUAUUGUGAAGGGGCCUAAAGUUAAGUUGAUAUAACGACGUCAGCUUUAAAUUAUUUCUGAUUUUAAUAUAUAACGUGCGUAGACAUAUCGAAUGCUUUCUGUAGUUUAUUCUUGUUCAUGAAAUGAUUAAUUUAAGACAUAUCCCACUUUGCCACUUAGCUCCUAACUUGCUGUAAGUGUAAUCUAAGCUAGAAUUAAGAGAUUAUUGUAAAGUACAAAUAAACAUGUUAUUUUGUAUUACAAUUUUAUACUUUUGGAAUGUGUUCAGUGUAAAUAAGAAGCAAUGUAGGCGCUAGGAGUUGUAAGGAACUUGUUAAAUGCCGAUACUCUUGACAAAGUCAAAGCGAAGUGAAUAUUAUGAGGAUACCAGUCGAUAUAGGAACACUAUGAGGCCUAGAUAUCCAUCAUCACUAUUGUCUACGUUUAUAUCCGCCGCUCAUAUUUAUUAUCUGAAGCUAAAACUACUCUGUAAUCACUUGAAAUGUAAUGAAAAUAAAUUGUUUAAUCGUCAUUUUUCAUUUCAUACAUAGACUGAGUGUCUGCCUGAAGUCAAGGACCUAAGGCUAUCUAGAAUUUCUCACACACACACAUAAUUCAUAUUAUUUAUCUCUUAGGUAGAUUAUGAUCUUAAUUCAAUAUUCUUUCCUAUUAACAUAAUACUCAGAUUCAAAGAGAAUGCUCAUAAACAUGCAUUUGUUCCAAAAAUGUGUAUUUAAUAUAAAAUUAGGAAUAGUUUUUUACGAGAACCACAAAUAUUGUACAAAUAUAUCGAAAUGUAACAAUAAAUUAAUGAUGUACGUAAUUUUGUAAGUUAUUUGUAAUAAGAGAAAACGAAUAAAAUAAAAUGAUUUGGAAUACGUUUAGUUU